AUGCUCAUUGUCAGCUUUGCUGUCAUCGUCGUUGUUAUGGCAAUGGGUCUGCUUGGCAACACCGGCGUGCUGGUUGUCUCCAUGGCUACGAGGUUCUUUAAGUCUCCACAUGUCAUUAACAUGAUCGUGUUUGACAUUCUUUCUGUCAUGAUUGGUCCAGGAAUGUCUUUUCUCGCCUUCUUCAUUAAGCCCAAUUGGUUCGCAUCGAGCUCUAAAUUCUGUAAUAUCUUAGGUUUCUUGCAGAAUGUAACAUUCUUUUGCUCCUUUUUUGGCUUGUUUUCUUUGGUGUGCUAUAGUCGCCAGCUCCAUCGAUUCGUUCCUAGUGUCAAAUUCCUUCACUCACUCAUAAUAGUUUCAUGGGUUUGGUCAAUAGCAAUCGCAUCUCCGCCACUGUUGGGAUGGAGUUCAUACUCAUACCAGCCCCACACACAAACCUGUUUCUAUUCAAUUCAAAAAAUGAAUUCGGGAUCUAGUUAUUCCUAUUUUGUCGCUGUUCUGUCAUUAAGCUUUCACGGUGUGGCUGUUCUUUACACUUAUUUGUUGAUUAGGGCUCAAAAAGGUUACCCUAUGAAACUCCAAUGGCAAAGACACAAGAAGGAACUUCAACUCAACGAUCCUGAGCGCACAACAAUCGCUAGUUCUCAAUCAGAGAUGAGUGUUAAUAACUCCAUUGAGAUUCUUCUUACUGCGCUUGCCAACACCAAGCUCCAUUCGAAGAUCGAAGAAGAAGCUGGUUCUUUUCACUCUAGAGUCGUCCACGAAAUGGACAAAGUGGAGCCGCAUCAUUCUACUUUUAAAAGACCAACACAUCCAAAUGAAACUGAGACAGGAGAAUUGUCUAAAGCUGAUGAAUCAAAGCUGGUGCUCUCACAGAAUUCAGCUCAAGUCAGAGAUGAUCAACGCAGAAGCGAAGUGGUCAUCGAUCCUCUUCAAGAUAGAGAGAAAAUGUUAGGACGCCCACACACUGCAGCUUAUACCAUCUGUCUUAACGAUACCAAGUUUCACACUAAAAAGCUGCAUAAGUUCAAGGGAACAGUCUCCCUGGAAGAAGUCAGUGAAAAAGAAGAUCUAAUGAAGGCGCAGUUUAUACGAAUGUUACUUGUUAUUAGCUGCGUUUCGCUGAUUGGCUGGUGUCCAUUUUACGCGGAGACAAUAUUAAACUYAAUCAAYGUCAGUGCACCAAACUCACUUCGAUUGGCUGCUUAYUGGAUGCGUUUCUUAAGGCCAGCGUUGAGUCCUGUUUUGUACCCCGUUUGUUGCGAUGAAUACAAGCAAACUAUUAUCACGAUUGCGCGCAAGAUCAGGAAGGCUGUUUGUCCGUGUUUCGAUGGUCAAGGCGGAAAGAGACACAGUUCUAUAGAACUUGACAAGGUUAACUCAAUUGAUGAACUGYCCAGUUAUAACAAGCAAGUCGUUUUAACAAAAAUGGUUUUAUUUCCUUCUUAG